AGUCUUCCCAUAACCACACCGAAAAGUGUUACAAAAGUGCAAUGAUUCUGUGGAUUAAUCUUUGACGCUUAUCCCUCGAACAAUAACCACCGGUCGUACAUCUACUCUUGACGCAAAGAAAACACCUUCUGAAAUUUAUGAAAGGAUAAACAGGAGACGAAAUUCCACAAAAAUUGGGCAUUCAUUCUAUUAAAGGGGUUUUGGAUCUUGGAACAGCAGGGGGUCAUAAGGUGACUAGAUUGGUGUUGGUCAGCUAGCAAGAGGUCUCUGAGGAUGAGCCAGUUUCCCUACCAAGCCGACACCGGUUUUGGACCGGUCGAGCCUUGCCUGCCUCUGCAGCGCGAUGCAGACUAUUGUGAGUUUGAUGACGAGGACGAAAUGGUGACGACUGAACGCGAGUUAGCUGAGGACGCACAAUGGAAAAAAAUACAACAAAAUACAUUCACGAGAUGGGCAAACGAACAUUUAAAGACCGUUUCAAAACACAUUGGCAAUUUGGAAACGGACCUUAGUGAUGGAUUGCGGCUAAUAACGCUCAUCGAGGUAUUGUCAGGGAAGAGGCUGCCGAAACACAACAAAAAACCGUCGUUUCGUUCGCAAAAACUCGAAAAUGUGUCUGUGGCCCUUAAGUUCCUCCAGGACGACGAGGGAAUUAGGAUUGUUAAUAUCGAUUCGAGUCAUAUAGUAGAUUGUAAGUUAAAACUAAUAUUAGGAUUAAUAUGGACCCUCAUCUUACAUUAUUCAAUAUCCCUGCCCAUGUGGGAGGGCGAAGACGACAUGAACAAUGGUGGAACGGAACCAACACCCAAACAAAGGCUGAUGAAUUGGAUUCAAACAAAACUACCGGAUCUUCCCAUAAAAAAUUUCACAACGGAUUGGAACGAUGGGAAAGCUGUCGGGGCUUUGGUCGAUGCUGUGGCCCCAGGAUUGUGCCCAGACUGGCCGGAUUGGGAUCCCAAGGAUGGAGUUCAGAACGCAUCGGAAGCCAUGGGUCUUGCCGACGACUGGCUGAAUAUUCCUCAGUUGAUCAAGCCAGAAGAAAUCGUCAACCCGAAUAUUGAUGAGCAGUCGAUGAUGACGUAUCUGUCGCAGUACCCAAACGCAAAAAUCAAGCCCGGAGCACCCCUCAGGCCUAGAACUAGUCCGAACAAAGUAAGAGUAUACGGUCCCGGGAUCGAACCGGCUGGACCCGUGGUUGGAGCCCCGGCUAACUUCACGGUGGAGACCUUCUCGGCGGGCAAGGGCCAGGUGGACGUCAUCGUCGAGAACCCCAAGGGACAGAAGGAACCGGUCGACGUCAGAUUCAACAACGACAGAAAUCUCACGUACUCGGUUUCCUACACCCCGCAACAGGAGGGAAACCACAAAAUUAACGUCAAAUUUGCUGGCCGUGAUGUUCCAAAGAGUCCUUACAACGUCAAAGUGGAGGGACACGCCGGAGACCCGACGAAGGUUACCGCGUCGGGUCCAGGCUUGCAACCUGACGGCGUCUCAAUAAACAAACCCACCUACUUCGAUAUUUCUACUAAAAAUGCUGGCCCAGGAGGAGUAGAGGUGAUCAUCCUGGACCCCUCCGGCAACAAGAACUCAGUCCCCGUCAAGAUACGCCAAACGAACCCGGACCUUUGGCGCUGUGAAUACUUAUCCCCUAUUGUUGGCUUACAUUCCGUUAAUAUAUUUUUCGCCGGACAACCCAUUCCAAACAGCCCUUACGGUGUAAGGGUGUCUCCUGUGUCGGACGCGAGAAAAGUACGAGCCAGCGGACGCGGCCUGCAGCCGAACGGCGUCCGCGUGAAGGACGAGGCCGAUUUUAAGAUAUAUACCGAGGGCGCGGGGGAGGGCGUACCCGAAAUCCAGAUUAUCGGCCCUGGCGGGUUGAAGGAAACCUGCAAACUGACCAAGGUCCAAGGACACACGUACCACGCGGCGUACCAUCCUACCAAAGAGGGCAGAUACAUGGUGAUGAUAACCUUCGCCGGACACGAGAUCUACAAGUCCCCGUUCGUGGUCAACGUUGGGCCGUACAAGGAAACCAUGAUAAGGGCCUACGGCCCGGGCCUGGUGGGCGGCGUUGUCGGAUACCCGGCUCUAUUCACGGUCGAGACCAACGGAGAAACUGGCGCUUUGGGAUUCAGCAUACAGGGGCCGUCCCAGGCGAAAAUCGAAUGCCACGACAACGGCGACGGUUCCGCCGACGUCAGGUAUUACCCCACGGCACUCGGCGAAUAUGCCGUUCACAUCCUGUGCGACAAUGAAGACAUUCCUCGUAGUCCUUACAUUGCUCAAAUUUUACCAAAUACCGACUACUUCCCGGAGAAGGUCGAGGUGCACGGAACCGGAGUCGAACCCAACGGGGUCCAGACCCACGUUCCCGCCAAAUUCACAGUUGACACCAGAAAGGCUGGAUCUGCACCUCUAGAUGUUAAGAUAUGCGACGCAAAUUGCAAUAACGUAGACGUAAAAUUAGUGGAAAAGGCUGACGGCACCAUCGAAGGUUCUUACGUAGCGAAAAGCGGUAACCGCCAUACCGUUCAAGUUAAUUACGGUGGAGUGGCUGUGAAAAAUUCCCCGUUCAGGGUUUACGUCGGAGAACCCGUGGACGCGUCGAAAGUGCAAUGCUUCGGACCCGGCGUACAAGAUGGGGUGAAGGCCAACACACCGACGCAUUUCAACAUAGACGCAAGGGAUGCGGGGGAGGCCGAGUUAGAUGUCCACUUGGUAAAUGAAGACACACAUGAAGAAAUCCCAGUAAAACUCACGGACAACGGUGACAGAACGUACACCGUGGACUACGAAGCGGCAAAAGCCGGAAACCAUACGGUCACCCUUCACUAUGGCGGUCUGAAGGUUCCCACGACCCCGAUAAAGUUCAAAGUACAACCGAACGUCGAUGUUUCCAAGAUAAAAGUCGACGGACUGGAACCAACGGCGCCCGUCAAUAGUUUACAACAAUUUAGGGUGAUCACCCAAGACGCCGGAAAGGCAGAAUUUGCCAUUUCCAUAACGAGCCCAUCUGGAAGCAAGGUAAAAGCUCACGUAAUACCGACAUACGAAGGCUACCUAGUAAACUUUACACCAACACAGUUAGGAGAAUACUUGUUAGGGAUAUCAUUUGGCGGAGAGCCUAUAUCUCACAGACCUUUUAAACUAACCUGUCUGACAGGCAGCGAUCCGCUUAAGGUCAAAGCGUCUGGGCCGGGCCUCCACAGGGGCAUCGUCAACAGGCCGGCGGAAUUCAUGAUAGACACCAGAGGCGCCGGACAAGGGGGUUUAGGCGUCACGGUGGAAGGCCCGUGUGAAGCCGCCAUCAAUUGCAGAGACAACGGCGACGGCACCUGUUCGGUAGCCUACUUACCUACAGAAAUCGGCGACUACGGCAUAAAUAUCACUUUUAACGAUUCGCAUAUUCCCGGUAGUCCGUUCCAGGCGAUUAUCGUACCCGAGGUUGACAUGAACAAGAUCAAAGUGUCUGGAAGCGGAAUACAGUUACAUGGUGUAUACGUCGACUCACCAACGGACUUCCUGGUUGAUACAAGAGCUAUACCAAAAUCGACAGACGACGGCAAAGUGACUUGCACAAUUACGAAUCCUUCCGGUUCCCAAACUGAAAAACUAGUAACACCCUUACUCGACGGAACCUACAAAGUCAGUUACACGCCCUUCGAAGAGGGUAGGCACACCAUCGACAUAUUCUACGACAACGUGCCAGUACCAGGAUCACCCUUCAUAGUGAACGUGAGAAGGGGAUGCGACGCAAAGAAAUGUAUAGCGUACGGUCCUGGUCUCGACCACGGCGUUCUAGACAAACCCAACGUCUUCACGGUUGAAACCAAAGGUGCGGGAACCGGCGGGUUAUCGCUAGCCAUCGAAGGACCGUCCGAGGCUAAAAUGACAUGCAAGGACAAUAGAGACGGCUCGUGUUCCGUGGAAUACGUACCAACGGAGUCUGGAGAAUACGACGUAGCUAUUAGAUUUGCGGAUCACCACAUUCCAGGCUCCCCGUUCAAGGUCCUAGUCGGACCUGACGUCGACGAGAAACUCGUAAAGGCGUACGGUCCAGGACUGGAGUCGUCCAAAUGCCGAACGGGGAUACCUACGAAAUUCACGGUAGACGCGUCCAAGGCAGGACCGGCUCCUGUCGCAGUGAACAUCACGUCCGACUCAAAACCGCUUCCAAAACGACCGGAAGUUCAAGACAACGGCGACGGUACCUUCGACGUGAGUUAUAUCCCACCUAACGAGGGCGCCAAUCUCCAAACUCACAUCCUCUACAACGGCAAAGACAUACCAAACAGCCCGUUCCCUCUUAAGGUCCGACCGGUGGUCGAACCGGAGAAAGUAAAACUCGGCGGUCCGGCCAUCUUCGAGAAUGGAAUACCUGCCUCCAUACCGACCACCAUAAAGAUAGACACGACCGAAGCGGGUUAUGGGGACUUGGAAGUUAAAAUCACUGGACCGGACGGUAAUCCGAGACCAGUGAAGUUAAAGGACAACGGAGAUGGGACUUUCAACGCAAUUUUCUUACCCGACGACGCCGGGAAUUACAAACUUGAUGUUAAAUAUGGCGGCAAGGAAGUUUCCAAGGCGCCCAUACCGGUCCAAGCGUACGCUAUUGGACAUGCCGAGAAAUGCAAGAUAACUGAAGGACUGACAAAAACGCUAUACAGUGGAGAAUCGUACUGCGUUACUGUCAACACGGAAAAUGCAGGAACUGGUGCGGUUACUUGUAGGGUUAAAUCGGCAGAUGGCGGGGGUGAUCUAGACAUAAACAUCGUGGACAAUGGUGACGGCACCGUCAGCAUAUACUACACAGUUCAAGACGCGGGAGAAUACACAAUUAAUAUUAAAUUCGGGGGACAGACUGUGCCCGGAGGGUUCUACACAUUUGUGGCGGAGGAAGUUAGCAAUACCGAAAAAACCGUAACUCAGACAGACGUAAAAAGAAAAACAGCAUCGACAACACAGUCUAAGCAGCAAACGUUUAGACCUGUCCAGUUGGAUAAUAUUCCAUUGUCGAGUACUGGAGGACACGUUACAGCUGAAAUAAAGAUGCCCAGUGGAAACAUCGACAAGCCUGUGAUAGAAGACAAUCACGAUGGAACCGUAACAAUAAAGUACGAGCCCAGGGAAGAGGGUGUCCAUGAACUGGCAGUUAAAUUCAACGGGGAACAUGUCCAAGGUUCCCCUUACAAGAUCCACGUCGAUUCCAUCAGUUCCGGCUACGUGACGGCCUACGGACCGGGACUCACCCAUGGGGUCACAGGAGAACCGAGCAAUUUCACCAUAUCCACGAAAGGAGCCGGAGCCGGCGGUCUCUCCAUGGCCGUCGAAGGACCAAGCAAAGCCGAAAUAAGCUGCCACGACAACAAAGACGGCACCGUAUCCGUAUCGUACCUGCCCACGGCUCCGGGCGAGUACAAGAUCUCUGUCCGAUUUGGAGACAAACACAUCAAAGGGUCGCCUUUUAACUCCAAAAUUACCGGAGAAGGCAGGAAACGUAAUCAAAUCUCGGUGGGAUCUUGCAGUGAGGUCUCGCUGCCAGGGAAAAUUUCUGACGCCGAUAUUCGUUCCCUCAACGCCUCCAUUCAAGCUCCUAGCGGACUUGAGGAACCCUGCUUCUUGAAACGCUUACCAACAGGCAACAUCGGCAUCUCCUUCACCCCUAGGGAAAUCGGCGAGCACGUCGUGUCCGUCAAAAAAAUGGGCAGCCACAUCACCAACUCGCCCUUCAAAAUAAACGUUUGCGAGAGGGAGGUCGGUGAUGCUAGGAAAGUGAAGGUUACUGGAAACGCUUUGAAGGAAGGAAAGACGCACCAGAACAAUACGUUUAACGUCGACACUAGGAACGCCGGCUUCGGAGGUCUGUCUCUGUCCAUCGAAGGGCCAAGCAAAGCUGAAAUUCAAUGCAAUGACAACACGGAUGGAACUUUGAAUAUCUCCUACAAACCUACAGAACCUGGUUACUACAUUGUCAAUCUCAAAUUCGCUGAUCACCACGUGGAAGGAUCACCGUUUACUGUUAAGGUGACUGGUGAAGGAUCAAACAGGCAAAGAGAGAAGAUCCAAAGACAACGCGAGGCUGUGCCCGUCACCGAAGUUGGUAGCCAAUGCAAGCUCACGUUCAAAAUGCCAGGUAUUACUUCAUUCGACCUUAGCGCAACAGUAACAUCUCCUGGAGGAGUAACCGAAGACGCAGAAAUCAACGAAGUUAGAGACGGACUUUACGCCGUCCACUUCGUACCCAAAGAGUUAGGAGUACACACUGUUUCUGUCAGAUACAAGGAAAUUCACAUCCCUGGUUCACCAUUCCAAUUCACCGUUGGUCCGUAUCGCGAUCACGGCGCCCAUUUGGUUAAAGCGGGAGGUGCUGGUUUAGAAAGAGGCGAACAAGGUGAACUCAACGAAUUCAACGUAUGGACAAGAGAAGCUGGCAGCGGACAACUCGCUAUCUCAGUUGAAGGCCCCAGCAAAGCUGAAAUCAAUUUCACGGACCGAAAGGACGGUUCCUGCGAUGUGUCUUACAAAGUUUCCGAGCCGGGUGAAUACCGCAUCGGAUUGAAAUUCAACGACGAACACGUUCCCGACUCGCCAUUCAAGGUCUACAUCUCUCCCGCCGUUGGAGAUGCACACUUGUUGGAGGUAGCGCAAUUCCCCGAGGGUAGCAUUCAAGCCGACAAGCCUUCCCAAUUCAUCGUCCGAAGGAAUGGCGCAAAAGGAGAUCUCGACGCCAAGAUUAUUGGCCCCUCUGGUCACGAAGAUGACUGUUUUGUCCAAAUCAUCGACAUGGAAGAAUACUCCGUCCGCUUCAUGCCAAGAGAAAACGGCAUUCACAAAAUCCAUGCUAAAUUCAAUGGAGUUCAUAUCCCCGGAUCUCCUUUCAGUGUAAAAGUUGGUAAAGACACGGCCGACCCAGCUGCUGUACACGCACAAGGAGGUGGACUGAAAGAAGCUAAGACCGGAGUGAAGACAGAUUUUAUUGUCGAUACUGUUAAUGCUGGUGCCGGUACAUUGGCAGUUAACAUCGAUGGUCCUAGCAAAGUUUCCAUGGACUGCACCGAAGUAGAAGAAGGUUACAAAGUACGUUACACUCCUCUUGCCCCAGGAGACUAUUACAUCAGUAUUAAAUAUAAUAACAACCACAUUGUUGGAUCUCCAUUUAAAGUUCACAGCACAGGUACUGCUAAGGUUGCUGACAUCGGAGGUCAAGAAUCUUCUUCUGUAGUAGUAGAGACGGUACAGAAGGUUGGAAAAGCUAACAACAAUAAAGGACCAGUACUACCGCAAUUCAAGAGUGACGCAUCGAAAGUUCAAUCGAAAGGAAUGGGAUUGAAGAAGGCUUAUUUAGGAAAACAAAAUCAGUUUACUGUAUCAGCACAAAAUGCAGGAGUGAACAUUUUAUUUGUUGGCAUCCAUGGGCCAAAAGGACCAUGUGAAGAAGUGUUUAUUAAACAUCAAGGACAUAAUCAAUAUGCUGUUAACUACAUGGUAAGAGAGAGGGGUGACUAUUUAGUAAUUGUGAAAUGGGGAGAUGAUCAUAUUCCUGGUUCUCCAUUUAAAGUCGAGGUUUAGAUGUUAAUUUUAUUUUUUUACAUAUUAAAUAUCAUGUAUUACUGUUUAAUUUAAGUCAUAUAUCAAUCAAAUAUAAUCGAAAAUUUGUUAUUUUAUUGGAAUAUAUACCUUGUUUUAAUGUUUAAUUUUGUACAUACCGAUUUUUGCAACAAGUUUCUUAAAGUGCCUGGCUUAUGUUUAUUUUCUUCCAGUAAAAUUAACAAAAUUUUGGUAUUUUAUUAUUUAUAGUUAAUAUAUUAAAUAUGUGCCUUACUACUCAUAAGGGCUUUGAAUUAUAUACGUUCUAUAUUCAAAUUAAAGUAACUUAUUUUAUUAUUUGCAAAAAAUUUCAUAAAUACAGUUUACAAUAUUAAGAUA